AUGGUAGUUGGAAGCGGUGAUAAAUCCAAUGUUGCAGAAUUGUCCUUUCGCCGUCGUUUGCACCCAAACAUGCUACUCGGUUGUAAGAAGAGUGCACCAGCUCAAGUACCUCUGUCACCAGUAGUUGCCAUAUCAAAUAACGAAGGAGAAGUGUACAUAAACGGAGCAACGGCUACAAAUUCAAGUUUGCAGGUUAAAGGAAAUCGUUCAAGAGUUGUCAUGCGAGCACAAGCGGAUAACAGCAUUUGUGUUUCAAUGCCUCUAGGAAUAACGUCACAGGAAUCUUCUCAGAACGACGGUAGCAGCUGA